UAAAAAUUCAAGCGUGAGGUUGUGCGUCCCGCGGUAUUUUCUGUGUUUCCUUCCUACCCCUUUAUGUUGCACCUUUUUACUUAGUGGCGUUACUCGGUUCGGGCGGCUCUGUGUGCCUUUCUUUUCCCGCGAGUGCGCUAUUGAUGGUGUGUUAGUGUGCGUGUGAAGACUCGGUCCAGAAAAGUGAUUUGGCGUCGCUAACGACAGUGGUGUGUGACUGCGUGUGUUUGUGUGUACGCGCGCGGUUGUUAUGCUGAGCGCGGUGCGUGGCUUGUGACGACGACGGCAAUUUAAGCAACCGCAAGUACUUUUACCCCGUUUCCGAGUGUAUCAGUUUGAUUGUUCGCCGGCACCAUGUUUGAUGUGUUCGGAUCCGUGAAGGGUCUGCUGAAGCUAGACCAGGUCUGCAUUGACAACAACAUAUUCCGGCUGCACUAUAAGGCCACGGUGGUCGUCCUGAUCGCCUUCUCGCUGCUGGUCACCUCGCGCCAGUACAUUGGCGAUCCGAUCGAUUGCAUCGUCGACGAGAUUCCGCUGAACGUGAUGGACACUUACUGCUGGAUUUACUCGACGUUCACCAUCCCGAACCGGUUGACCGGGAUCGCCGGCAAGGACGUCGUGCAAGCGGGCGUUGGGAGCCACGUCGAAGGUCUCGACGAAGUCAAGUAUCACAAGUACUACCAGUGGGUGUGCUUCGUGCUGUUCUUCCAGGCCAUGCUCUUCUACGUGCCGCGCUAUCUGUGGAAAACGUGGGAAGGUGGCCGCAUCAAGAUGCUGGUGCUUGACUUGAACAUGCCGAUCAUGAACGAGGAGGCGAAGGAGCGCAAAAAGAUCCUGGUCGACUACUUUGCGGAUAACUUCAAGGGCCACAACUUCUACGCCUUUCGGUUCUUCUUCUGCGAGGCGCUCAACUUUGUCAACGUACUCGGCCAAAUCUACUUCAUGGACUUCUUCCUGGACGGCGAGUUUUCGACAUACGGUAGCGAUGUGGUGCGCUUCACGGAGAUGGAACCGGAGGACCGCGGCGACCCGAUGGCGCGCGUCUUUCCGAAGGUCACCAAGUGUACCUUCCACAAGUACGGUCCGUCCGGAAGCGUGCAAAAGUUCGACGGGCUGUGUGUGCUGCCGCUGAACAUCGUCAACGAGAAGAUCUACGUGUUCCUGUGGUUCUGGUUUAUCCUGCUCACGAUCCUGACCGGCAUCUCGCUGAUCUAUCGCCUGGCCGUGAUCAUGAUGCCGCGGCUGCGGCUGCUGAUGCUGCGCGCCCGUUCCCGGCUGUCGGCCCACGAAGAUGUCGAGCUGAUAGCGUCCCGGUGUCAGCUGGGAGACUGGUUUAUCCUGUACCAGCUGGGCAAAAACAUUGAUCCACUGAUCUACAAGGAGAUCAUCUUCGAUCUGGCACAGAAGGUGGAGGGCAAGGAGAUUGUCUAGAACAUUCAGCCCGUCCCCGCACAACCUGACGGGAGGAGGAACCGCAACGAAGCCCGCCAUCGUAUCGGAUUUCCGUGUGAAUCUUCCUCCAGUUUUCCUUCGCCUUCGCCACUCACCUUUUUAGCACCACCGACAAGCGCCGUGUAAAGCCUUCUCUGACCCCGCAUUUCCUGUGCAGAAAACGUCUCAUAAGCUGACCACAUGAAGAAGAAAAAAACGAAAACGGAUGCCGAAUGAAUCAUUGAACCUGAAUUUGCUCCCUCUCUCUUGCUGUCGAUUCUGCAUUCUGGCCCGCCCGUGCCAGCGGAACCCACAGACAGUGGGAGAAGAACUGGAAAUCGUCCGCCCAGAAGAAGCAGCAACGGUUGCGAUCCGCGCACAUGGAAGAUGUCGAAGAUCGUUUCCACCGAGCUCAUUUCAACGCGCUCUUUUCUCACCAUAUGCGCAGGCUCGGAAGGAAGGAAUCAUCUUCAGCAUCGUCGGUUGCUCUGGCCGCUAUCAUUCUCUCGUUCUUUCCCUCGUUCCCGUAGCACCGGCGCAGGAUAGGACUCGUCGCCCAGAUAAUCCAGAUCGAUCCAAACAACCAAACCAAGAGCAAAGUUUCCAUGUUGUGCACCCAACCGAAUUGAGAGAGAGAGAGAGAGAGAGCGAACAAAUGAUCGAUGACUCCGACCGGCACCGUUUCGACGAAAAGAUCGACAUGGGCCUCAUCUGCAUCCAUCUUGCGUCGUGUUUUAGUGCGCUGCUCCGUCAGCGAAUCGAUCGCCGUAACUCGAUUUUAGGAAGAAAGUAACCCACAACAGUCCUCCGGGGGCGGAAACCGUUGUGCCCCAGAGAUGAGCCCCACAAGACACACACGACGCUGUACUGUUUUGAAAGCAACACAUUCCUACUGCAAACCUCACCAGACUGUAUCGACGAUGAUAGAUUUUAUCGCUAUUAGACUGUGUAUCGACGGACGGCCGACAUGGUUCUAGCUAAGGAUCGAGAAUAAGCGAAAAUCAUUUCUCCUUUUCGAAUAUGUCUUUACUGUAGAAUAAGUACGACGCAAACGAAACGAUAGAAAACUUACUCUCGCAAAGUAGCUUGCGCAAUUACAUUGGCAAUUACACUCCAUUCUAAUUGUAGUUCUCUAUUACGCUGGAUUUCGUGAUACUGCCAUGAUGCCAUACGAAGAGCGCGGACCGGCGGCAGAGUGUGUUUUCCGGAAGGCCAAUGUGUCGUAUGCGUACAGACUUUGUAAUUCGCUUCCGGCGGUGAUGCUUUCAGAAGCACCAGACUAGCAGCAAGUCCACCAGAGACAGUUCAAGAGUCGCCUCUCGCGAAACGUAUCGUGCAACGAGCACUGGCAUAGAUUUAGUAGCCAUUCAAGCAUGCAUUCAACAAUAUUUAUAAGCGUGUGGUCAGAGUGCGGCAAAGUGGAAGGGAACUUCCUCGGUUGAUUCCGUUCCGGUUGCUGUUGGCCCGGCACGGGCAGCAGCAACCAUGAUAGAUCUUUUCUUGUUUUAGUAUGUAGCAUCAGCGUGUAUUCGGCGUGAAAUUUCAUUUUAAUUCAUUUUAUUUUAAUUUAACUCUCUCAAACCGAACCGAAAUCCGGUGCUCCGGAUUUGUUUUAAUUGCGAUAAGACCACUCGAAACGCGCGAGUGUGUGUAACUGGCGAAUAUUUAUUGUUUAUCGAGGGACGGCAUCA